AUGGCGGCAGAUUGCACGAAAGCAGCCGGGGGCGUUCGGACGUCCCGCUCGGCCCGCGACGGCCUGGACAAAAGCAUUACUCUGCCGCCGGACCAGAUCUUCCGCAACCUGGAGAACGCCAAGAGCUUCGCCAUCGAUAUAGGUGGCUCAUUGACAAAGCUGGCCUACUACUCAACUGUGCAGCACAAGGUAGCCAAAGUACGAUCCUUCGAUCAUUAUGGUAAAGGCCCAGAUGAUGAGCCAUUGUAUGAGAUCUCAGUUCAGGAAGAGAUCACUGCCAGACUUCAUUUUGUUAAAUUUGAAAAUGCUUAUAUAGAAACAUGUUUGGACUUCAUCAAAGCCCAUCUGGUCAACACAGAGACCAAAGUAAUUAAAGCUACGGGAGGUGGUGCUCACAAGUUCAAGAACCUGAUUGAGAAGAAACUAGGACUGAAAGUGGAUAAGGAAGAUGAAAUGACUUGUUUAAUCAAAGGUUGCAACUUUGUGCUGCGAAAUAUUCCACAUGAGGCCUUUGUGUAUGUGAAGCAUGCAGACCCUGAAUUCCGAUUUCAGACAACGCACCCAGAUAUCUUUCCCUACCUGCUAGUGAACAUUGGGUCAGGAGUAUCGAUAGUCCGGGUGGAAUCUGAAGACCAAUUUGAGCGUAUAGGAGGAAGUUCAAUAGGAGGUGGUACAUUUUGGGGACUUGGAGCUUUGCUGACAAAAACAAAGCGCUUCGAUGAAUUAUUGCAGCUUGCGUCAAGAGGGCAGCAUACAAACGUUGACAUGUUAGUUCGUGACAUUUAUGGAGGAGCGUAUGAAUCCUUUGGGUUGACUGGGGAUCUUAUAGCUAGUAGCUUUGGAAAAUCUGCGACUACUGAUAAAGAAUUCACUCAAGAGGACAUGGCCAAAAGUUUACUUCAUAUGAUCAGCAAUGACAUAGGCCAACUGGCUUGCCUGUAUGCCAAACUGCAUAACCUUAGCAGAGUUUACUUUGGUGGUUUCUUUAUCAGAGGACAUCCUGUUACCAUGCACACAAUUACCUACAGUAUCAACUACUUCACAAAGGGUGAAGUCCAGGCACUCUUCUUGAGACAUGAAGGAUAUCUUGGUGCCAUCGGGGCCUUCCUAAAGGGAGCAGAAGAGGACAAUCCUAAUCAGUAUAGUUGGGGGGAGAACUACGCUGGCAGCUCAGGUUUAAUGAGCAGCUCUCCUGAUGUACAUCCAAUGCAGCGAACACGAAGUGGAACGUUUGACAUGUUGGAGAUGGACCGACUGGAGCGGCAGCUGGUGAAUCUUCCCCUCCUGCUCGAUGCGUCAUCAUACGUCCCAGAUACAGUUGACCUCACUGAAGAUGCCAUGGCAAGGGAGUACUGGUUGAGCUGCUUCGAAGAUGCUUUAGAUGGUGUGGUAAAACGGGCAGUUGCUAGUCAGCCACAGUCACUGGAUGCCCCAGAGCGAGCAGAGAAAUUUCGCCAGAAAUACAGGCACAAACUUCAGACGUUGAGACACCAACCAUUUGCAUAUGGAUCCCUAACAGUCAGAAGCUUGCUGGACACGCGGGAGCACUGUCUGAAUGAAUUCAACUUUCCAGAUCCUUACUCAAAAGUGAAGCAAAGGGAAAAUGACAUAGCAUUGAAACACUUUCAGAAGGUGGUGCAGAACUUGGACUCACUGAGCAUGGAGGAGCGACAGUUUGCAUUAGUAAAAGGUCUCUUAGCAGGAAAUGUAUUUGACUGGGGAGCCAAAGCUGUUUCAGAUGUUCUUGAAACAAAUUCAGCUUUUGGCUUUGAAGAAGCGAAAAAACAACUGCAAGCACGGCCAUGGCUGGUGGAUGCAUAUAAUGACUGGAUAGAACGGCUUAAGGGUCCUCCUCACAAAUGUGCCUUAUUUUUCGUAGAUAAUAGUGGAAUAGACAUAAUUCUUGGAGUUUUCCCAUUUGUCAGGGAGCUGCUGUCCAAAGGAACAGAGGUUAUUUUAGCCAGCAACUCGGGACCAGCAUUAAAUGAUGUCACUUGCAGUGAGUUGACAAUAGUUACAGAGAGGAUUGCAGCAAUGGAUUCAGUCAUCAGGACAGCUUUAGAAAAAGAUAAAUUAUUACUAGUUCAGAGUGGAUCCAGUUCACCGUGUCUAGAUCUGAGUCGUCUUGACAAAGGAUUGGCGACAGUAGUCUGGGAGAGGAAGACUGACCUAGUGAUUAUUGAAGGCAUGGGUCGAGCUAUUCAUACAAAUUAUUACGCCGCAUUGCGUUGUGAAAGCCUCAAACUUGCUGUCAUCAAGAAUGCCUGGUUGGCAGAGCGGCUUGGUGGAAGUAUCUUCAGUGUAGUUUUUAAAUAUGAAAUGGCACCAAAGUGAAAAUGUGAACUACUUUGCUGAGGAAGGACUUGGCAUUGCACUGACACUGAGAGGGCCCUGUGGAAUGUAAUUGUAUUAUUUUCUGUGAUUAUAUAUUUGCAGAUUGGAAGAAAAGUUGAUGUGGAUCAGCAAAGCUUUUGUGUCAGAAGCAAUAAUAUAUAUUAUAUAUGUACAGCUACCAUAUACUUGUUUUAAGAAAACAUUUAUUGUAUAGACACAGUAUUUGUGGAAAUGAACAUUGUUUUGUUUUUGCUCACUCAAGACAAUCAGGUUAAAUGUUAUUCCUUUCUCAAGCUGUUCCCUUGAAGAAAUCGUGUUAAUGGAUGGUGUGAAAUGCAGAUGGCAAUGUUGGGUCUCUGUAAAACAAAAUGGUUCAUGGUUCAGAUUGACCUACUGUGUCCACUUUGGAAAAAUUACCAAUCAGUAGUACAGUUAUAAAUGUUUUUUAUAUCUUGAUUUAUAUCAGAAGAGAGCAAUUUAAGCUAUAUAAAACUAAGGAUGCAGUAGUGGUUAAUGCAAGUUGGUUACUGUAUUAAUGUGUACAGUAAGGAUGGAUGUAGUCUGUAAGUGGAUCUGAUAAUGGGGCAGUAAUUUACACCACCCGAUGAUUGUAAAUGCAAUGCAUAAAUCAGAAUAGCACAAUUAUCACCUGAUUCUUGGUUAUAUUGUUGGAGUUUUGGCUUGAAUAGCUUUUCUGGAAAGUAACUGGUUUGCUCCAAGUCAUUUAUGGAGUUAUAGAAUCAUACAGCCCAGAAAUAGACUCUUCGGCCCACCCUGUUAAUGUCAGCCACCAAGUACCCAUCUAUACUAACCCAUUUAUCAGCACUUAGUUCAUAGCCUUCUAUGCCUUGGAUAUUCAAGUGCUCAUCCAGAUACCACUUAAAUGUUGUGCGAGUCUCUGCCUCUACCAUCCCCUCAGGCACUACAUUCCAAACUCCAUCCACCCUCUGGGUGGAAAACAAUCUUCCUUGUAUCCCCUCUAAACCUCUCAUUCCUUACCUUGAAUGUAUGCCCUCUGGUUAUACAUAUAAAGCACUGGAGGCACUCAGCAGGUCAAACAGCAUCUAUGGAGAGAAAUGGGCGGUUGACGUUUUGGGUCAAGACCCCUCAGACCCAAAACAUCAACUGUUUUUGGAAUAUUCUAAUAUUCCAAAGUAUCUUAGAAUUAGAAGAACUGUCAAACUGUUAGUAAUGUAGGAAAUGCAUCAGUCAAUUAACAGACUACAAGCCUCCCUCAAACAGCAGUGGGAUACGGGCCAGAUCUAGGCUGAGAUCAGAGGUUCUGUUGCAAGAAAUGUAUAAUGCACCUCCUGUACUUAUUCCAUAUUGUGACUUUUACAUUUUCAAGUUAACAUCUUCCUCUGAAGAUGGCAUCUAAAACAGCACCUCAAUCCUUUAGUACUGUGCUAGACUGUCAGCCUGGAUUUUGAUCUUGUGUUUCUGGGGUUGGAUUGAACUAGUAACCUUCCAGUUCUGGCAAGAAAGAUCUAUACUGAUCAGAGGUUAACACCUACUCCAUAAACGUACCAUGAGUGCUGCAGGCAAAGUCUGCAAUCUGAAGUAACUGACCUAAAUUUCCAAACAAUAAUUCAAAGUUUUAUACGAUAAUUUGUUUUAACCUGCGCUGUGCAUCAGCCAAUCUUGAUGCCUUAUCUUCAGGGAUAAUCAUCAGCUUGGCAAAAAUCAGUGUGGUGUGAAUUAUUCCCACCCUAAAGUGUAAGUGAUAUUGUCAGCAAAGGUUUGUCAGGCUGCCAGUAUUGUAUUAAAUUCUGCCCUUCAUUGUAAUUCUUGUAAGCAAUGCUUGGUGCCAAAAUUGUGCUUGCUUGUGUGGACCUGAUAAUAGGAUGGAUAUACGGAGUACGGUGUUCCUUCAUUGAGCUGUGAAGUUUCAAAGAAGUCCUGAUUUCUCUGUGAAGAAUUUAUGGACAGGUAAAUUGUGGGCUGUUUGUCAUUAGAUGAUGAUGGGGGUAGAAUUUAAAAUACUGUAACUCAGAAUUAAAGGAGAAUCCCUUAGGACAGCUUUGGGCAGGGUUUUAAACCCUUGCAUGUAUCUGCUAUCAGGAAACAUUGGGAUAAUGGGGAAAUAAAAUAACUUAUGACUUCUGCUAACUGCUGUGCACAAUAGUAACUUAUUCUCCCACUCCUACCCUAUUGAAAACUUGAAAUCAAAGGGAGUUGAGUGCUUGCUGAAGUCAUUAAAUUCUUAUGGGUUAUUCUUGUGGCUUGCACUGUGAUUCUGAUAUAUAAGCUGACAGAAGUUGCUUGACUCUGUUUAUUUCAUAAAUAGCUUUUAAAAGGUAUUAAUUUAACUGUACCUAGAGAAGAGAAAUUUUGUGCAAGAUUUACCAUAAGAUGCAUGAUUCACCAUGAAGAUACAUUUCAAUCAUCGUGUCUGGAGUAUUAGAGGAGGAGGCUCUUUGGUCCAUCAUGGCUAUUCCAGCUUAAUGAAAACUUGAUCAUUUAGUGAUCCUCCACUAUAUACAUAACACACCAUUUUUGUUUCCUUUCCAAGUAUAUAUCCAGCUCUCUUUUUUUUGAAGGUUACUGAAUCUGCUUCCACUCUCCUUUUGAGUAGUACAUGGAUCGUGCCAGCUAUAUUAGGCUUUACACAUGGUACUGCACAGAAACAGAUCAUACAAGUGGUGUAUGCCAGUGUUAAUGCUUCACUGUCACUUUAGUUUUGGUAUAGUGAAGGAAAAAGGAACUGUCUUUACUGUAAUUCAGCAACAAUUUUUAGCCUGUUUUUAAAAAGUAUAUUUGUAUAAAAUUUAGACUUGCUGUCACAAUUGCACAGUGGCAGUGACAGUGACAAGCAAAGAUUACUCAUAAAUGCACUUAGAUGAUGCGUCACAGCUGUGUGACCGUACAUCAUAGAAUAACUUGGCCCUGUCCUUGCCUGGUGCAUGGACACAUUUCUAACGAGUUGCCCAUCAGCACUUGUGAAACACUAAUUGGCUUGUACCCUGGCUAAGAUCAUUCAGCAUGGAUUAAAAUUGGGCUCUCUGAUCUUUGUGGUUACUGUAACAAAAUGCAUAGCCCAAGAUGUUGGAGAAACUUUUUGUGAGGUUAAAUUUUAAAAAAAGUAUUGUUUUUAACCAAGUCUUAGAAAUUAGGACUACCAUUCUGAUUUACCAAUAUGAUCCUUUGGAUUUGGCUGCUUGUAGUGACUCCUAACGUCCAGCCUGAAUGGAGAUGUUUAGAUAUUUUCAAAUUUCUCUAUGACAUUGAGGGAGACCAUUUGGUCUGUCAAAUCUCUGCUGAUUCUCAGUGAAAUCCUAUCAAUACCAUUCCCUUGCUUAUUUCUCUGUAACCCAUUCUUGCUCACAUGCCCAUCCACACCACCAUAACUACAUUCCCAUCCACCUACCAACAGUAGAGGCAAUUUACAAUGGCCAAUUAACCUACUGACCUGCACAUCUUUGGGGUGUGGGAGGUAACAGGACCAUACAGGGGAAGCCCAUGUGGUUUCAGGUAGAAUGUACAAAUUCUACAAAGACGGCACUGGAGGUCAGGAUUGAUACUGCAUCCCUGGAACUGAGGCAGCAGCACUACCUGCUGCAUCACUGUUACUUGACAACUGCGUCUACUAGUUUUUUUUAUGCACGUAAUAUGCAACUUCUUUAAAAACUUCUUUGCAGUAGAAAUAUCUUUGCUCCACUUAAAAGGCUGGUAUAAUUUUGCUCAGUUCAUAAUUAAAACCCCAAACUUAAAACAUUACCUACUAGUUUGCUGUUGCAUUGCUGCCUAUGUUCACUCACUUUUUUUAAGCCCCUUCUAAUUAUUGUUUUGAUCUCAGCUGAUGCAAACAGAUGUCUUCAGGAGGUGGCAUGCAGUGCUCAGAGCAGUUUAUGAUACGGUGAAUAGUAUGGAGAAGUUGUAUAAACAUCACUCCUUCAAAUUAUACUGUGACAGCCUGGGAUCCAGAUGGCAAAAUGUAACUUCAAAAUAAACAUCAAGAAAUUUUUCACACCAAAACCAAGAGAGCUGGAUAAUGGGAACAGGAAUUGUUUGAGAAGCUGCCAGAUUCUCCUGCUUGGCAAAGGGGAACCUUUCUGAUUAGAUAAUUAGCUAAACAUCCAUUUGAAUGAAAGACCUGAAGAAAAGGAAUCUUUCUUGGCCUUUGCAAAAAUUUCAAAUUUGUUCUUUAUUUUCUAAGGACUUGCUCAAGUGCUUUAGAAGAAUUGUAUUGAACAGCUGCCAAUAUGCAUAUGGUAUGGUCUCGCAAAUGGCAUCUGAAUGAAUGACUGACUGGCUAAUUGGUUGUUGAGGAAGGAAUAUUGAGUAGUUUACUCUUGGAAUAAUACCAUGGUGACAUCUAUAUCCAAUUGAGAGUGCAGUUGGGGCUUUGAUUUAAACUCUUAAAGACGGCAACUUUGAAUAUACAGCAUUGUAUCAGCCUAAGUUGCAUGCUUAAGCCAGUAAUGGGGAUUGUACCCAUGACUUACUGAUGUGAAAAUCUAGAGUUCCAUUUUCCCAGCUCAGCUGGCACUUGCAGUGAAUAUUUGGUAUGUUCCAUUGAAUAAUUUGUUUUUUGGCCAUCUAUAAAAUCCUGAUUUGAUUUUGAUUAGUUAAUACUACAGCCUAGCCAUGUGGAUCUAAUAUAAAUUUUACUUUAUAAUGAUGGACACAACUUUAUAAACCAUUUUUAAUGUUUUUAAAGGUUAUCAGUAUUAAUGUGGCUUAAUAGUAAGUGCAGUAAGCCCAAACUGUGCUGAGUUAGGUCAAUUUGUCUUCAUAAGAAAAAGAGACUCCAGAAACUGUUCCCUGUUCCCAUGCUGAAACUCUCCUUCAGAUGCAAUGGCUUGAGAUGAAGAGUGCUUUAUAAAGGAAUUGUUUCCUAUGGUGGGAUUGGAGAGGCAGUUUUUCAAUGCAACAUUAAUUGAAAACUGAUAUCAGAUUCCAAUUCAAUGGCCCAUAGCCAUUUGCCCUUUGCAGUCCGGCUUUCUUCCUUGGAUGUGCUGUAGUCCUCACAUGAGCAGUGUUCUUUCAUCAUGGUAACUAAAAGUCAUUGAAAUUAUCAGGGAAACAUGAGCCUGAAUACUUUUUUAAAAAAGUUAUGGGUGAGAUGUUAAGAGGGGUUGGGGAUUAGGAAUUUUGUGGGUUUUUUUGUCCUGUGUUGAGCAUCAAGCUCAGAGGGAGCGGGAAAUAAUCUGGGUAUAGGUAAUCACAACAGUGAAGUAAAUGAUUUUGCACCUUCAGAGUUUCUAGAUUCGCAUUGCUUCUUGUGGUCAGUGUAUAAAUUGUGUUGUAUUGAAACCAUUGUGUUUAUUAACGAGCAAGGCACUGGACAGUAUAUUUGCAAUGUGCUAUUGAUGUCAUUCUCUGCAAGAAGAGCUUCAAAAUUUUUGCUACAGUAACGUGGACAGAACAGAUUGUAACACGGCACAGUACAGUUAAUCCAUUCAAGCAGACCUCAGGGCAAUCAGAAUGUGCAAGUUGCUUAAAUUCCUUUAGUAUAGUGGAUUCCUAUUUAGAGAGAAGUUUUUAUAUAAAUAUCAAUAGUCUGAACUGUCCCAGACUGCCUGGCUGUACGGCACUUGCAGUAUGACAUGGUGUCCCCAGGAGUACACUCUAACCAAGGCAAUUGAUUGGGAAAGAGAAAAACUUUACUGUAUUUUACGUGAUCAACCAAGUAACACAAUG